GGGGGGGUUUUCUUGGAUCCGUCUUUUGCAAUCGAUUUCUGAGUUUCCAUGUUUGGGAUCAUCCAAGCUUCUUGCGUACUGGGUUUUUAGGGUUUUCGAAAUUUGUACGUAAGCUUGAUCUAGAAAUUAGGGCUCUUGUUCUGUUUCUGAACACGUAGAAAGUUAAUAGUGUUUGAUAAGUGGAAAGAUGCGAUCUAGAAGAAAAGAGGAGCAGGUUGAAAUAUCUCGAACUGUUAAGUCGCGUAGUCAACACAGGGUUGCUUCUGAAGUUGGUCCUCAUGACCCUUAUCCGGUUUCUCGCCGUGAGGUGAUGAAUGAUCGGUCUCCUCCACGGCGUGGACAGAGGAGCUAUAGUCCUAAUACCCUUGCUGUGUCUAGGAAGGCAGGUUCGGUUAGGGAGCGGAUGAGCAGAUCUAUGGUGGGUAAGGAUUUGUAUGGUCGGCAUUUGGGUAGUGUUAGCACCGAAAUGGCAAGAUCAAAAUCACCCCUAUAUGAGCAAAUGCGUAAAAAGCCUCAUUAUGAAGAUGAGGGAGUUGUUUAUAGAAAACAUGAUUAUGCUGAGCCUAUUGGUUUUGAUGAUCCAAACUCUAGAGCAAGGGGUGUUUACAGGUAUGAUCAUGGUACUUCCAGGAUGACCAAAGGGGAGGAUUAUACGGGCACUGAUGGUCAUGUUAUGAUGGGACAGAAAUUGCAAGUGGAAGAAACAAAUGUAAGAGGACCACAUCGGUUGCCUCAGGGUAGAGGUCCAAACUUAAAUCUUGCAGAAACUAGUGAGCAAUUACCAUUUUCCUCACAAGAUAUUGAUAUAGAUCAAUACGAGCGGGAAGAAUUUCGGCAUCGAGAAACUAUACCUUCAAAGAAGGUGACAGUUAUGGAUUCUUACAAAGAAGAUAAACCCAUGUUCGACUCUGAGGAUGUUGCAUAUCAUAUGGUGCAAGCAUCUCAAUCCAAUGACUUCAUGAGCACCCCUCAACUUAAGGAAUUUUCUGGCUCAUCUUCUGGUCUCCCUAGGACUGAGUUCACGAGUUCAUAUCAGGAUGAUGCCCCCAUACACGUUUCUGAAGAAUAUCUUAGAAGCAGCCGAAAGCUCACAGAACCUGUGGGAUAUAAUAAAUAUGACCAAAGGCCACAUACAGAGUCUGUGAAAGAUCCCAAAGCUACUAGAAGGAAUAUGACAUUAUAUCAGCAAUGGCCAGAUAGUCCGAGCAGAGCUGAGUAUGAAGAUUACCUAUAUGGGGACUUAAAAAGGAUGAUGCCUUCUCAAUCUCGAGUUUUGUAUGAACAUGCAUCGGUUGAUUACGGUGAAAUAGACAUGCUGAAACCAAAUGUUAUGUGCCAUGUUGAAGACAGAAUGGAUAAUACAGAUCAUUCUUAUAGAUGUUCGAGAAAGGGCAUUAUAUGGGAUGAUUGUUCUUUGCAAAAUCAAAUAAGUACAGACUACAUUGAUAUGUGCGGAUCAUAUGCACCAAUGCAAGGUGGGGAAUAUGUGGGUUCAGAAGACACCCAUGUUUCAUUUGGAAGAAGACUACCACAAGAUUAUGAAAUGUCACAUUUUGAUGCAUCUUACAAUCGUCAAUUAUCAAAUUCGAGAUCUGAUUCUGGUUUUGGCAGAGGAGUAGGUCCAGUGUUUCAAAACGAAAGAGUUAUAUAUUCUUCUGUAUCUAAAUAUGAUACAGAGAAACGUAGACCUGGUCUAAGAACUAAGAGGAUGGAGGAUGAACUUGACAUGUACUCAGAUAGGAUCCUUAAAAGGAAGUUCCUUAUGGUGGAAGAUGUUGGUAGGUCAAGUUCUAAAACUAUUGUAUCCGGUAAAUUGCAUUCAGCUGGCAACUUUGGAGGUUCAUAUGACAGUGAUGAGCAGAUUGAUGAAGAUAUAAUUGGUUCACAUGCACCUAGGACAAAACAGUAUGGCCACAAUGAAUAUAGAAAGGCUGGAAGGACAUAUCAUGGGCUAGAACAUCAUGGAGAUUUGGAAUUGGAUGACUGGUAUACAUCCGAAGGUUCUUUGGCAUAUUCACAAAGGGUUCCAAUCAGAUUUUACAAAAAUAGUGGUAAAUAUAUUAAGGGAAAUCCCGGACCUGAUUCUCUUAGCAGGCAUACUUCACAUCACAAUGAAAAAAGAAGUAACCUUCAUAAACAAAACAAAGUUUGGAAGAGAAAUGAAGAUUAUGAUGAGGAUAUAAAUGCAAAUGAUGGUGACAUGACUGAAGAUUUAGUGAAUUACGCAGAGGCUGAGCUGUCUGAGGAUUCAGAAGAAUUUAAGCAAUUGGUACAUGAUGCAUUCUUAAAGUACUCCAGAAGGUUAAACUUGAACCACUCUGUUCGUAAAAGAUACAGGGAGCAAGGACAUGCUGGUAGUUUGUUCUGCAUUGUAUGUGGUAGAAGCUACUCUAAGGAAUUCAUGGAUACCCAACGCCUGGGGACUCAUGCUUUCAUGUCUCACAAGGUUGGGCUGAAGGCAGAGCACUUGGGUCUUCUCAAAGCAAUAUGUGUGUUGUUGGGUUGGGACAGCAUAGCACCUCCUGACACUAUAACAUGGGUUCCCCAGGUCUUACCUGAAGCUGAAGCCUUGGCUCAGAAGGAGGAUUUGGUUCUCUGGCCUCCAAUGGUUGUCAUCCACAAUAUCUCCAUGGCAAAUAACAAUCCUCAAGGACAGAAGGUUGUUCCAAUCGAAGGGGUGCAGGCUUUUCUGAGAGAUAAAGGCUUUAUCAGGGGGAAAAUCACCGUGUGCCUAGGGAGACCUGCAGACCAAAGUAUUAUGGUUGUGAAGUUCUUAGGCACUUUUACCGGACUGGCAAUGGCAGAAAGACUUCACAGAUAUUUUGUUGAGAAUAAGCGAGGGAGAAUCGAAAUUACAUCAAAAGGUUAUGGCGAAAACAGCACCCAGGAAACGGUAAGAGUAGGGGAGGGUGACAAUCUGGAGGAGCAGCUUCUUUAUGGUUAUAUGGCAAUUUCAGAGGACUUGGACAAACUUGAUUUUCAUAACAGGAAAUGGAGUGUGGUGAAGAGCAAAAAGGAGAUCCUGGAGUUGGCUAAUGAUCCUGUCAAAACUGAUGAAAGGUAGCUGCUUGUAAAUAUGUAAGAAGCCGAGGGUAAUGUUCUCGUCUAUUACAUCUAAAGAAAAUGAUUUGAUUAAACCUUAUAAUAUGCUAGCUUUGUACCG